UUGCAAGUUAAUCAGUGCUGUGAUGUAACGGCGCGUGCAAAUGUUUACGCAAGGGUCUGACAAGUAGCAGAGCAAGUUUAUGCGCUUUGAAGGCACCGCCAUGUGCAGUUUAGUCGUGAUAGCAUUGGUGUUUCAUGCCACAAUACUUUGUGGUGACAGCUACACCAUUAGAAACCCCGUGUCAUGGGCUGUUACGAACGAUAUCCUUGAAGAGGAGGUUGGAGCCGCGUCAGACGAAGAGGUCGCACCAGCACUGCUCGUGAAUAAUGUGGGGAUCUGGAAACAACAAGCGUAUCCACCGACAGCGUAUGCGGACAGAGCUGAAAACCCACAGCCCAAAACCGACAAAGACCUCGCCCAUGUCUCUUCCCCGGCGGCUCGCGUAUUCUCGUAUAGAAUGGAAGCCGUGAACCCACCAGCUAAAGCGCCUCCUCCACCGCCGCACGAGGAGACUGCGAAGACGGCACGAUACGUAGCACAUUACAGUGACUGGGGGCACCUUGCCACGCUAUCCACACAAGAUAAGAUAAAAGGUCUGCCGUUUGGAAACAUCUUUUCAAUCAGUGAUGGCCCUGUGGAUAAUAGUACUGGGGUUCCAUACUUCUACGUUACACCGAUGGACUACACAGUGUCUGACCUGAGAAAUUUCCCCUUUGCAUCACUCACAUUUUCUGAAGCUGAGGGGGACUUCUGUAGAGAGAUGGUAUAUGACCCAGAGGACCCCAGAUGUGCUCGCCUCACCCUGACCGGUAAAAUGGUGGAGGUGGGACCAGAAGAGCUGGACUUUGCCAAAGAAGCCAUGUUCUCCAGGCAUCCGGUGAUGAAGAAGUGGCCAGUGGGACACAAGUGGUUCUUCAUGAAGCUGGCGAUCCAGCAGGUGUGGCUUCAGGACUGGGUGGGCGGAGUGUCCAUCGUGUCUCUCGAUGACUACUUUAAAGCCUCUCCACUGUAAGACCAGACCAGACCACACCAGACCAGGGGUCCGUAUCAAAAUCUUUCCUCUGUCGUUCCCUCAAUAAUCGUACCUUGUGCCUUUCUCAUCAAGCCUUCACAUCAAUCAUGGCAUCUCAAUACACAAAAUAUGAGAUGACGAGGACAGAGGAGGGAGGUGCAAUGUCAUCGAAGGAAAGGGGCCUGCACAUGGUGCUUAAUUCCUUCACCCUGCCUUGAUUCCUUCCUCCACGGGAGAAGGGGUCAACAUGGAGGCCUGAGGCUGAAGGAAAGAGGAAAUGACUGGAGGAGCGUUAUUUGAUAUGGACCCUACAUCUGACCACCGCUGAGCUGAGCUGAGUUUAGCUGGAGAAAGAGACUCAAUAGUCAGAUGUGUCUGUGAAGAUUGUCUAUCAUCCACGUCUUGUUAGUCAAAUGUAAGAGUUCAGCUGUAAGUAACUGGAGAUCUUUCUGGAGAGAAUGGAGAUUUACCAUCCAGACUUAAAAAUGAAAAGUUAAGUCUGGCAUCAAACUGGUGAAGCUGCUCAAAUCGUAAUACAACACACAAUUCAAACUGUGUAUCUGCCUGUAAUGACCAGCACAGUCCUCAUACAUUUACAAAAACAUGCAUAUACUGUUUGUGUGAACCAGGCUUGUACGAAAUUCCAAAUGGAAAGAAUUUCAAUUCAAAAUAAUGGCAUAAUAUGAACACUAGGUGGUGCCAUUACCUUGAAUUUCUUUGAAUUUAAUCUACACUACCCAUUGAAAGUACAUAGAACACCACCACCUAGUGUUCGUAUUAUGGCAUUACUUUGAAUUGAAAUUCUUUCCAUUCGGAAUUUGGUACAAGCCUGGUGUGAACAGGGUCUCAAACUCCAAAAAACAACUCCAGUAGUUUAUAGCUAAUGCUUUAUUGACUCAAGACUCAGAUGAGCCCUUGUGCCUAUUCCAGCUAUGUUUGUGUGUGGGGGACAAUAUCCGGAAAACACCAAGAAGAAAAUGAUGACUUCAAAUUACUUCCUCUCUGUUGGAAACCACUGUAAAUGAAUAUGACACAAACACCAUACAAUGCACAGUAAUUCAGGUGUUUUAUAUAAUCAGACUUGAUUACCUGAUUAUGUUUAGCCUACAGAUGUAAUGUAUGAUGAACAUGUACUAUAUAUCAUAUUUCACACUCCGAAACAUUUCACAUGAUGUCAGCAUUACAGAUUUUUACACCACAUUGUGGUGUUGUUCAAAGAGUCUGAUCUAUCUGAUGGAAAGCAUUGACUUGGGUCUGUACAAAAUCAGUUCUACAUUUCCCAAAAACUUAGUACUUAAGCUUAAGAACAAGUAUGAGGGGCCCCUUUAGCAAUAACGACAUAUCAGAAUUAGCUCUCACAUCAUCACUAAAGGUUUAUACACCAUUUUACCUCGCACAUGCAUUUUGCACAAGCAUUUUAUUUACAUGUGCGAUAAAAAAUAUUUGAUGUAGGCCUAUAAAUGAUUGUAUACAGUAUAAACAUUUAGUGAUGUGAAGGGGGCACCUCAUACUUAUAUACUACUUUGGCUUUUUGGGAAACGCAGCCAAGAUUGCUGAUUGAUACAUUGCUUGGGCAAGUAGUUGUCCAUAGUGGAUGACACAAAGACUGGAUGUUAUUUGCUGGUUAGUCUUGGACAGAACCAUCCUGAUAGGCUGAAAUGAUGCACAGGUGGUUGUCACUGGACAUUUCGAGCGUUAUUUUUUUGUUUGUGAAUAAAAAAGGAA